AUGGAUGUCGAAUUCGUGGAUCGUGAAUCGGAGCCCCGGAUGUUCCGAUUCAAUAAUUCGAAGUUUGUGGGAUUAACGAUAACCAUAGGAUGGGAAGCGAUUCCCAAACCUGUACUUCGGUCGAUCGUUCGCAGCAGGCAGGACCCUCUCGGGGCCGGGCAGCGUGGGAUUACCUGUGAGUGGACUUUGUUUUCAAGCAUUUGCAUGGCUUCCCACACAUGGCGUUGGCAGUGCCGGUGUGGGUGGGAAGGCCAUGAGAUUGCUGGUCUCAUACAUGGCGUUGGCAGUGCCGGUGUAUGGGAAGAGUAUGUAUAUUGCUUAGUAUCAUCACACAUGGCGUUGGCAGUGCCGGUGUGGGUGAUGAUACUGUCUGCGCGCGUAGGACUUGAUAUGAGAUUUGUGAGCUACACGUGGCGUUGGCAGUGCCGGCGUGUGAGCUAUGGAGUUCCGUCCCCCGGUUGGACUACUCAUCCCUGGACGCGGGUUCAUGUUCGAAAAUCCUGCGUACCAGCCAACAAUCCCCCGGUUGGAUUGUCUUCCCCGGUACAUUAG